ACACGCAAGAGAUUCUACAAUACUCUCCAUCGUAACCUACUCACUGCACCACUCCUUUCAUCACCGUCCGAUUCAUCAAAAACAUCUUGACAACAUACAUCACAGCCUCUUAUCAUGGACAUUACCACAUAGGAUAGAACAGAUAGAGUAGAGGCACGGUUGAUGGAAACAUUGAUGAAUAACAGCUGUAAACAAUUAAGGUUCCCAUCUUUGGCGCUUACAACAUGUGACUUCUGGUUCUUGUCUCUCUCCUCUUUUCCCUCACACAACAAAACAAAAACAUCAUACUUUUCUUUUCUCACUCUUCUUCUUCUUCUCAUCAUGGCUUUCUCUACUCCUCUCAAACUCAUUCUAACCAUUCUACUAUCUCUCACUCUUUUCACCAUCAUCAACAUUCACGUUGAUGCACAGAUCGAAGAAACAACCUUGAACCUUAGUUCUGAUGUUCUAGAAUGGCCGACAACAAUGUCAUCACUCUACAAUGAACUAGCUGAAGACAAUGAAGAAGACAUAGACAGUGAUUUCAGUCGAAGAUCUUUGUUCUGGAGUAGAGUGAAAUACUAUAUCUCUUACGGUGCUCUAGCUGCUAACAGAAUCCCUUGUCCUCCUCGUUCUGGUAGAUCUUAUUACACUCACAAGUGUUAUGAAGCUAGAGGACCUGUUCAUCCUUAUACUAGAGGUUGUUCUGCUAUCACGCGAUGCAGAAGAUGAAAUCAUGAGGUUUUGUUUUUUAUUUCUAUUCUCAGAUCGAGAAUUAAUUGAAAUUUCAAGUUAGGUAAAGUUUGUGUUAGCUUUAUUGUUAAGUUAAUUAAAGCAUUAUUAGCAGCAUAUUGUGUGCUAUGUGUUUGAACACUGAGUGGAUUUCAAACUGUCAUUUAUUUUUUUGUGUAUGAUGGGUUCUUCUUUUAUGGAUUUAAUUUGUAGUACUAUAUGCACUGCAGAAAUGGAUGUGUUAUGUGUAUGUA